AUGAGCAACUCGAAGAGGAGAAUCGAAACAGACGUGAUGAAGCUGCUGAUGAGCGACCACGACGUCGAACUCGUGGAUGACAACAUGCAGGAGUUCCAUAUCAAGUUCCAUGGCCCGCAAGGCACGCCCUACGAGGCCGGCGUGUGGCGUCUGCACGUCGAGCUUCCGGACAACUACCCGUACAAGUCGCCCAGCAUAGGGUUUGUGAACAAGAUCUUCCACCCGAACAUUGACGCAGCGUCCGGGUCCAUUUGCCUGGACGUGAUCAACUCGACGUGGAGCCCGCUGUACGACCUGAUCAACAUCGUGGAAUGGAUGAUUCCAGGGCUGCUGAAGGAGCCCAACGGCAGCGACCCGCUGAACAACGAGGCUGCGACGCUGCAGCUCAAGAACAAGGAGCUCUACGAGCAGAAAAUCCGCGAGUUUAUCGACAAGUACGCGACCGAGGAGCGGUACCGUAGCAUGUUCGGCGUAGGGAAGAGCGACGACGAAGACGAAGACGGUGGUGACGACGACGACGCCGAAGAUGACGCCGAUGUCGGUAACGACACGGUCGACGAUGCAACGCUUGAUAACUUGUCGGACGCGGAUUUCAGCGACGAGCUCUCUAACAUCGAGGUCAGUGACGACGACGACGGCGUGGACGACGAAGACGAAGACGUCGACGACCCGGGUCUCUCGGAUGCGGACCUCGAUGAGUGA